AUGGAUCCGACCUCAACUAGCCCCGACUUGGACCAACAAAGCCUUGUGGAAGAUGAAGAUCCUGGUGACCUCCGAGAAGUGCGUGGUUUGGGGCUCUUCAUCUCUUCCCCUAAGUUGAACCUUUCACGAGCCGUGGGUAAACGUGCUGAAGUCAGCCCUCCACGCAAAACCCCUCCGAUCUCAAGCGUGAAUAGCAGCAUCUAUGAAACGAUUAUUGCGAAGGCCUCUCCGUUACUUAAGGCUGCUGCGGACCAAAAGCGAGAAUCAGAAGAGGCGCUCAGCGACACCGUGGAGGCACCGAUAGCCAUAAACAGCCAGACUGCGGCACCACCCACACCAGAGCUCGCUCGGGAAAGGCAGGGAGACAUGGCGGAGGCUGUUACUCCGAGUGAGGAGCAAAUACCGAACGAAGAAUUGCGAGUCAAAUAUGGACAGCUGCUCGCUGAAAAGGAGUGGCUGCAAAUGCAACAUGAGGAAUUGCUCAAGAAAAUGGAUCUUCUCGAGCAAGAUUAUCUAAAGCAAAGGGAGGAAUUGGAAGACUAUCCUCAGAAGCUAUCUGAAGCAGAGGACCUCUGUCGCAGGAGACAGCAGGAGGUCGCCUUUCUGGCCGAAACUGCGAACAUUUUUCACCAGGCACUCAACACAAUCCGAGAAGAGCUGGAGGAGCUGAAGUGCCGAAAUGUGCAGAUCGAGCGCACCAAAAAAGGCUUCGAAAAGGAAGCGACCGACGCAAAGAAUGCACAAACGGAGUGUCAAGGAAUGUGCCGAGCAAAGGAAGAAGAGAUUGCGAACCUUACCAAGAAGCUCGAAGAAUACAGGCUGAGGAGUGAGGAAUCAGAAACCAAAUUACAAGCUACCAAGGAGGAAUACAAGAGGACGCUUGAAGAGAUGAGGGAGUGUCGUAACUGGAUUGACAAGGCACGUUCAGAACAGAUUCAAAGAGACGAGGACCAAAUCCGGUUCUGUGAUAGACGCUUGAUGGAGCUUCUAUCCAAGCGUCACGCCUUUCAGCACCUGUCGACAUCGCCAUUCGUGCAACACCAAGCCCUGGCCGACUUUCUCGCUUCUCCUUUGGCGACUCUUCCUUCCUCAUUUCACAGCCUGGCCAACUCACCCAGGAGCGCGACCUUUAGACACCUUCCUCCGAGAAAUACGAACUCAACAGCUUCCAUUCGCUCGAACUGGCCAAGGUCACCCGCGUCAUCCCGUCAGUCAUGGCAAUCGUCCCAGCGCGGCGCCUCCUCUCAUGCUGGUGCUUCAACAGUGUCCAAUCCCGAACCACUAGAGUGGAUCACGCCUGACUACGGAGACGCUUCUCCUGGUCCGUCUCGCCUGUCCCUUGAAAUUGCAGACCUUCAAAAGCGCAUCAACCUGUCAGGAUUAGUAUUGUCGAGGCCUCUUUCUGACCAGUAUUAUGCACAGCUCUCGUUGGAUAGCCCAAGCCGGCCAGAGCCAUUGAGGAUCCAGGGUAUCCUUGACCGAGGUCAAGAGGAAGAGACCAUUCGUGACGGAGCACUGGGUAAAGUUGAGGAUGAGCCGCAGUAUUCCCCCUCUGAAAACGCGACUCGAGAGUCGAGGGAGGGAAGUACACAGGUGCCUGUAGAGGCCAAUCCACAGCCGCAGGCUGGCCAAGGUGCCGAUGUCCAACCACAUCAACUGAAGUCCAGCGGCAGCGAGAUUAGCAUUGUCGGUCAGGGCCUAGAGCUCUUGGAGGAAACAUCGCCACUUCACAAAGGCCGACCUGUUUCCGAAACAGCAGGGCCAUCAAUCACCUUGUCACCUUCAAGUCAUCAUGUGGAUCUAGACAACGACGCGGGUUCGGCCUUGGCCGACACCGCGCAAAGCGAGAAUCAACGCCGUCGGACCAGCAUAAGCGAGAGAUCACGGGGGACAGCCGGGAACCUGGCUCCCAUCAAAACAAAACCCAAUGCCUUUCAGAGCAGCUCGACCAGAGGCCCGCCUCCGCGAAGUUCCAUUCCGCCCUCAGAUGUAGUCGGUGAAGACAGGCUGACUUCACCAUCGCGCUCACCACACUCCGAGAAGGCCCAGGACAGCGCAGCCACUAGCAGUGCCGUCGAGUGCCAUCAAACACCCGGGCUGCGUCAGCGAAGAUCCAUAUCGCCGCAGCAUCAGUCAGUCGAGCCACUUCACAAUCCGCUUUCUGUGGAAGAACGGCUCCGCAUGAGAUCGACGUCGAGGUCGCCUCCAGAUGUCAAGGUUGGAAGGUGGAUAAUGAUGGUUGGAGAUGAUUCUCCCGGUGGGUCGACGCUCGGUGGGUCGACGCUCAUUGGUUCGGACUACUCAGACCAGAUGAAGGAUUACAGUCGUCUCGACCCUAUUGGGGGGGCCUGGAUCGCGGCUUUGGGAAGCGGCUCUCCCAGUCCAACUUCGACCCGCCAGGUGACUGAGAUACACCUCUUCCCGAAUCUCAGCAAUUCGACGGAGAAUGUCGCCGGGGUUGCAAACGACCUACAAAGCCGGGGUACCCGAGAAUCAGGAACCUUUCUCAGCUCUUGUCGCCGUGCAUCGGCCCAGGCUGCAGAAACACAGACAAACUUCGUGUCUGAGUCGACGACAGACUCUAUCAUCUCCAAAGGUAUCAAGAUCCUCAAACAGCUUCCCAUAUAUGAACGCCGCACUGAGAGCAUAUCCAGCGAAUCCUCCAAGGCCGUGACCACUCCAUCGAUCUCUCCGGUCAUGUCGUUCACCGACAUCCUUGAUGGUCUUGAGCAAGUUUCAGACGACGAUGGGAGUCAGAUCCGCGAUUCUGCAAGUGAAAGCGGACCUGAGCCUACCGAGCGCGAACUCGAAUUUGAGGAUGACCCUGUGAUGACUGGGAAGACAUCCCGGGGAGCAGGAAAGGAGAUCCAGUUCACCUGGGGGGCAGCCGCAAUAGUCUCGACGACCUGGCAAGAAGAAGAGGCGUCUCCGACAGCAGAGCGAGAAGGCGAUGCUCGGGCCCAAUAUGAGAGCAGGCCAUCUUGCACUCCUACAUUCUAUUGCACAAGCUCAUCUCUCAGUGGAUAUGUUGACCGAAGCCCCCAACAACUGCUCUUGCUUAUCUUUGUGGCAUACGUAGCGUUGGCACUUUUUGUGCUCGGACGAGGACCACUGGCCUCCACGCUGAACGUCGGCACGUGCAGCACAAACUCCCAUACCACAAGGAUUCCGUGGUGUGCACUGAGAGACCGACAGACAAGAGAUUCCCCGAUUGAUUGUCCCGACCAGCAUGGGCAAGUCAGCCGUGCCAUUGCCAUGCAAAUUGGAACAUGA